UUUGAGGAAUUGCAGAGACAACAUCACGAUGAGUUUCAUGAACAAGGUCGUCAUUGUAACAGGAGCGAGCUCCGGCAUCGGAGCCGCCGCGGCGAAGAUGUUCAGCGACGAGGGAGCUCGCGUCGUGAUGGUCGGACGCAACGAGAAGAAGAUCUCCGCCGUGGCCGCGCGCUGCGCCUCGCCGCUCGUGAUCCUCGCGGAUCUCUCUAAUGACGACGAUGCGAGACGAAUCAUUGACGAAACCAUCAAGAAGUUUGGACAAAUUGAUGUCUUGGUUAACAACGCUGGGCUCACGGUAGACAACGGUGGACUACUUGGCAAUGACAUGAUGCAAGCUUAUGACACAGUCAUGAGAGUCAACGUGCGUGCUGUCGUUCUUUUAACAACCUUAGCUGCACCACAUUUAAUCAAAACUAAGGGUAACAUUGUGAACAUAUCGGGUAUUGGCGGAAAGAUGCCAAUAAGCGCACCAGAUAUGAUUAAUCACCAAUUGUCAAAGGCAGCAUUGGAUCAUUACACUGUUUGUUCCGCUGCGGAGCUGGGUCCGCACGGUGUAAGGGUGAACGGAGUGAACCCUGGACCGGUUAGGACCGAUUAUCUGGAAAAUGCCAAAAAGGCUAUCACUUGGGAUUAUGUUCUUCCGAUGACUCUCCUCAAGAGAGUGUCGGAACCUGAAGAAAUAGCAGACCUCAUUAUGUUUCUCGCGAGCGACAGGGCGAAGGGUAUCACCGGAGCUGAUUAUAUAAUCGACAACGGUAUGCUCAUCAAACGGUCUUAAUAAGAUUACCUGUUUUC